CUUCUUUUGGCAAAUUGGGUUUCGUUCAAUUUUAGAAUUGUUGAGUUAUAUUAAUGAUGAACAUGUUCCGUUAAGGCGGUGGGAUUCUCCUACAAGUUGACAAGUAGUAGUACUGGUGGGGUUACCGCCUUUUUUCUCAAAGUUUUUCCUAAGCCGUGUAGGUUUUGGUCUUUGUUACUUUCUAGGAUUCUAAAACCAAUUUGGAUUCUUAAAUACUAGACGCAACCCUAGAAUAUCUCUGUAUAUUGCUUCCUUCAAAGCUUUCUGGACAAUACACAUGGUUUUAAGUUUUCUCUAGUUUUCUCACGCUUGCAUCAAUGGCUAAAAUCCAGGCAACGAGAACAUCUGAAUACAAGAGAACAACAAGUUACAAGAGAAAGUCUUAUUCUUCGUCCAUUAAAUCUUCUCUUCCAAAGGAUUUGUGGACAGAAGUUCUUGGUCAUGUUGCCUCAACAUCGUUGGCUGAUCUAUUCAAUGUCAAAUUGAGCUGCAAAGAUUUUUCGGAGUUGGCAGAGGAUUUUUAUAUCUUUCAACAGGCAUCACUCAAGAAAAUUCCAACAAAUCCUUUUUGUUUGGAUGAGAAAGCAUCACCGUUUUUAAAACUUUGUUUGAAUUUUGGAAACCCUGAGUCCUUAUUUAGACAAGGAGUGAUUGAUUAUUUUAGUUUGGGGAGGAUAAAGUCAGGGCUUGAGUACUUGAAAAGAGCGGCUGAUAAAGGACACCUAGAAGCAACAUACGUGUAUGGGAUAAUUCUACUAUGUUCUGAAGGUGAAUUGAAGCAAGAGGGUUUAAGGAUUCUCUCUACUUUGAAAAGGUCUAACUCAGGUGGCUUGAAAGAAUGCCGUAAGAGAACGAAGACUGUGAUGCAAAGUGGUUUUUGGGUUAGAAAUUUUAUUGUUGGACAACGAGUAUUGUGUUGCCGUGAAGAACCAUGCCAAGUUCUAAAAAGGAAAGUUCUAAAAAGGAAUAGUGGAUGGGAACCAAAUGACAUUGAGUUAGAUGCAGAUGAUGAUGCUCUUUGCGACGCUUGUAGCUGCAAUUGUGAAGUUAAAUGGUUUUCUAAUAUUUUACCUGGAAAAUAAAGAGGAUGAGAAUCAAUUGGCUAAAUUAGAUGCAGAUGACCAUGAUCUUUGUGAAGUUGGUAGUUAACUAUUAGGAUCUUUUUCUUUUUUUAUUAUUAUUAUUUUUUAUUAUUUUUAGGUGCAUUUUACGAGAUAUUUAAGUAUUCUGUCACUUCUAUAAUGUAAUGAGAACCUUUUACUAUAAUAAUAAUAAUUAUUAUUAGUUUAA